UCAACACGUCACGGGACAGCGGUCGUCGACAGCGAUCCCGGUCAUCAUAGCCGAUACCAUGAAAAGAAUUGAGGCAACAUGGAAAACCUACAAAGGACUGGGACAAACAUGGAUCAGUCUGCAGUCUUGCUGGUCCAUACUGAGUAUGGCGCAGAUAAAGUUGGAAGCUCAUUCUUAAACCGACAGGCGGUAGAAACAAUCAGGGAACGUGAACCAGACAUACCUGUCUUCAGUACUGUUUUACAAGCAACACAAGACGACAAACAGGAUGCACAACAAGAUGGAGUGGAACUGUUACUGCCUAAACUUGAGCCAGGUGACCCAAGGACUGACCCGUCACCAGACUGGCUGACAUUUGAUCAUCGCUCCAAAUACCCACAUCUUCCUUCAAAGGUCAAGAGCAUUGUGGGGCAUGCUGAUGUCACAAGUAGAGCAGCACUCAACAUAAAAGAGGAUCGCUGCCCAGAAGCAAAAGUCAUCCUCAUUCAUAACGACAUAUCAGAUGAUACACAGGGAAAUAACUCUGCCUUUCAAAAUGCACAAGAAGCUGAUGUGGUCUUCUCUGUUGGAAAUAUGACAUUUGACCACUUUGAGAACCAGUUCAGAGCUACGCCUGUUGACAAACAACCUAAGCAUUUUGAAUUUCUUCCAAGACCAUCCAAGAUCUUUGAGCACACAAAAGCAAGCUACAAAGACACAAAGACAAUGGUGGUUCUGUCCAUUGGUAGGGUGAAGAGUGUUGACAAUCUGAAGGGGCAUGACCUUGUUGCUAAAGCCACAGACAUUGCUGCUGUAAAACGGAACAUGGAGUGUCGUAUGAGGGGAAUCAUUGAAGAAGGCUGUUCGGCAAGUCAUAAGGACAUUCUCCAGACACAUUUCAGGACUACAAAUUUGAAGCCCACCCUUCUUCCCUAUGGAACACUGAAGGAACUUCACAAUGACAUGUUGAAGGCCCACCUUGUGGUGAUACCGUCCGAAGCUGAACCGUUUGAUCUUGUUGGACUGGACGCCAUCGCCGCAGGAAUUCCUGUCCUCGUGUCAGAUAAAUCUGGACUGGCAGACUUCAUGAAUAAGAUAUCGACAGAGUUUUACCAUUCCACUGUGCCAAUGGAAGGAAAUGAGGAGGGCAAUGUAAAGCAAUGGGCCAGGUGCAUCGAACAAGUACUGAGUCACUGUGAAGCUGAGUUUGAAAGAGCAGCAAGAUGUAGGGACAAGCUUCUGUCUUCAAAGUACUGGGAAGAGUCUCAUCAGCAACUCACUGACAGCUGUUUACAGGGUGAGUCACUACUGCUUGCAUAUCCUGGAUAA